CGACCUGCGACGAUGCCAUGGGGACAGCGCGGGACAGCGCGCCUCGGGAGGGCAGAUUUCACCGUUUCUUGGAUGUCAACAGCCACAAGAUAGAAAAGACAAUAGAUGGAAUUUAUGAAAAAUUCAUCAUUCAUUCUGAUCUCAGCAAAGCCGCCAGUUGGAAGAAAUUAACUGAGGAAUUUCUGAAUGCAUCACUGCCCAGCAUAGAGGACAUAAAGACAGAUGCACAUUAUUCUAUUCUGUCACUCCUUCUGUGUCUUUCUGAUUCUCCUUCAAACAGCAAUUAUGAGGAAACACCAAGAGAUAAAGAAGUGGAAAAAGAAGAUGAUUUUGACUGGGGAAAAUACUUGAUGGAAGGUGAAGAAAUUGACCUUGGUCCAAAUAUAGACACACCAAACUGGUCUGAAGACAGUGAAGAUGAAGACGCUCAACAGCCCUUAAGCAGAGAGGACUCCGGGAUCCAGGUGGACAGGACCCCACUAGAAGAACAAGAUCAGAACAGAAAACUGGGCCUGCACGUCAGCUGGAAAGAAGAUGAGCCCGACAGCCGGAGCUGGCUGGAGCAGCAUGUGGUCCGUCUGUACUGGACAUCCAGAUCCUCCAGGAGUCCACACAGUUUGCAUUUGCACUCCAACCUAGCUGCUGUCUGGGACCAACACCUGUACAGCAGUGACCCAUUGUACGUUCCGGACGACAGGGUUGUGGUCACUGAGACCCAGGUUAUCCGGGAGACUCUGUGGUUACUUUCAGGGGUAAAAAAGCUCUUUAUAUUUCAAUUGAUAGAUGGGAAGGUGACUGUGAGAAACAAUAUUAUAGUAACUCAUUUGACACAUAGCUGCUUACGAUCUGUGCUGGAGCAAAUAGCGGCCUAUGGCCAGGCUGUGUUCCGGCUCCAGGAGUUCAUCGAUGAGGUCAUGGGACACAACUCCGAAAGCCUGAUGCCUGGAAACAGCUCCACUCCUAAGAGGUCAGCUGAGGCCCCCUUUAGAACCUACCAGGCUUUCAUGUGGGCCCUGUACAAAUACUUCAUCAGCUUUAAGGAGGAACUUACAGAAAUCGAGAAAUGCAUCAUCAAUAACGAUACCACAAUAACACUUGCAAUAGUGGUGGACAAGCUGUCACCUCGACUGGCUCAGCUCAGUGUUUUGCACAAAGUGUUCAGUACUGGCGUCGCAGAGGUCCCACCUGACACUCGGAACGUCGUGCGGGCGUCUCACCUGCUCAACACCCUGUACAAGGCCAUUCUGGAGUAUGACAAUGUUGGAGAAGCCUCUGAGCAAACUGUGUCUCUGCUGUUCUCUCUCUGGGUAGAGACGGUGCGGCCCUACCUGCAGACUGUGGACGAGUGGAUCGUGCAUGGGCACCUGUGGGACAGUGCCAAGGAGUUCAUCAUACAGAGAAAUAAAAAUGUUCCAGUCAAUCACCGAGACUUCUGGUAUGCAACUUACACCUUAUAUAGCGUAUCGGAAAAAACAGAAAAUGAAGAAAAGAUGAGCGACAACACCAGCGCGAGCUCGGGCAGCGAGCAGGGCCCCUCCAGCAGGCAGCACACCAUGGUGUCCUUCCUCAAGCCGGUGCUAAAGCAGAUCAUCAUGGCGGGCAAGUCCAUGCAGCUGCUGAAGAACCUUCGCUGUGCGCAGAGCACCGAGAGCCGGGGCGCUGCCCGAGACGCAGAAAGGAAAAGCUUGUACACGCUCUUUCUGGAGUCUGUGCAGUCGCGUCUCCGCUGUGGAGAGGGUGCUGCUCCGCAGGCCCUCACUGAGCAGCGGGCAACCAAAGAGAACCUGAUUAAGAUGCAGCCCAUCGCGGAAAGGCACCUUGAACUGGACGACAUUCAUGACCCGCUGCUGGCCAUUAACUUCGCGAGGUUAUAUUUGGAGCAGAGCGACUUUCACGAGAAGUUUGCUGGUGGUGACAUAUGUGUGGAUAGAUCAUCAGAGUCAGUAACGUGCCAGACUUUCGAGCUAACCCUGAGGUCUUGCCUCUAUCCGCACAUUGACAAACAGUAUCUGGACUGCUGUGGGAAUCUCAUGCAGACCCUCAAAAGGGAUUACAGGUUGCUAGAGUACUUGCAGGCCAUGAGAAAUUUUUUCCUAAUGGAAGGUGGAGAUACCAUGUAUGACUUCUACACAUCAAUCUUUGAUAAAAUAAGAGAGAAGGAACCCUGGCAGAAUGUGUCUCUUCUUAACGUCCAGCUCCAGGAAGCCGUAGGACAGCGUUAUCCUGAAGACAGUUCACGUUUAUCUAUAUCUUUUGAGAAUGUUGACAUGGCUAAGAAGAAACUACCUGUUCAUACCUUAGAUGGUCUGACCCUGAGCUACAAGGUCCCGUGGCCUGUGGACAUUGUUAUAAGUUUGGAAUGUCAAAAAAUUUAUAACCAGGUGUUCCUUCUCCUUUUGCAAAUAAAAUGGGCAAAAUAUAGUCUGGAUGUUUUACUAUUUGGUGAACUGGCUGAUGCUGAGAAAGGGAAGCCUGAAAAGGACCUCUUGUGUGAACAAGAUGCAGCUGCUCGGUUUGGACCUCAGAGGGCGCCAGUGAGGCAGCAGGUCCAUCGCCUGUUCCUCCUCAGAGUGAAGCUCAUGCAUUUUGUGAACAGUUUACACAACUACAUCAUGACACGGAUUCUUCACAGUACUGGGCUGGAGUUUCAGCAUCAAGUGGAAGAAGCCAAGGAUUUGGAUCAGUUGAUUAAAAUUCACUAUAGGUACUUGUCGACCAUCCAUGACCGCUGUCUGCUGAGAGAAAAGGUCAGCUUUGUGAAAGAAGCCAUCAUGAAGGUGUUGAACCUGGCCCUCAUGUUUGCGGACGGCUGGCAGGCCAGCCUGGGGGCUUGGCAGAUGGAAUCUAUAGAGAAAAUGGAGUCUGACUUUAAGAAUUGCCACAUGUUUCUUGUAACAAUUUUAAACAAAGCUGUCUGCAGAGGGUCUUUCCCCCAUCUGGAAUCUCUGGCGCUGUCACUCAUGGCUGGUAUGGAACAAAAUUAAAUAGCUGCAGCGUGACAUACCUGAAACUUCCAUCUUUCACACACGAGCAGUUCUAGCAUAUGCAGCUGAAGAGGAGGAGAAUCUUUUAUUUUGGUUCAUUUUUAAAACUUGUUAACAGACAAAUAGUCUGUGUUUUCUCUGGAAAGUAUACAGUUGUGUAAAUAAGAUUGUGUAAAUAAUGUAAAGUGUACAUAGGCUGUUUACUCUUAUAUUUCCUGCUGUAAGCUAUAGAUUUAUGAUAUCACUACCCUUAAAUACAAAUUAUAUUCCUUUAGAAAAUUAAUUAUUGAUAUUAAAAAUAAGUCCUUUGUCUCU